AUGGUCACGCCAACAUCGUUCGAAAUGAAUAAUUCGUGGAUACAACGAACAUUCAAAAAACGUGAAUGUGCCAGAUUUGUUCCAUCAAAGAAUCUGCAAGAUCUGGGGCGAUGUUCUUGUGGAAGAUAUCUCUCGGAUCAUGAUAGUGCUAUUCAGAAUGAAUCGACUAAUACGAAUUUAUUAUCUGUUAAUAAAGAUGAACGAUGGUCCGUACAGAAACAUACACGUUGUGAGCCAACUGACGCAUUUGGUGUCAUCGAAUUCGAUGGUAUGGCGCAUCCGACAAAAGCUCAAUAUCUACGACUCUCACAUGACACACGACCUGAUUUAGUCUUAAAGUUGUUUCUACGUGUAUGGAAUUUGAAAUUGCCACGAUUAGUCAUAUCAAUUGAUGGAGGCAUUGCUAAUUUCGAGUUACAACCAAAAUUAAAGCGUGUCUUGAAAAAAGGACUCUUUCGAGCAGCUAAAACAACUGGUGCUUGGAUAAUAACUAAUGGCUGUCAACAAGGUGUGGUGAAACAUGUCGGAGAUGCUUUGUUUUCUAAGUCACCAAAGGCAAAAUCUGAUAUUGUUUGCAUCGGUUUUUCUCCAUGGGGUGUCAUCGAGGGACGAGAGAACCUAAUUGGUGUCAAUAAACUUGUUUCAUACCAUUCAAAAGCCAUUGCAACGAAAAACAAUGCUACACUGAAUAGUAACCAUUAUUAUUUCUUACUGGUUGACAAUGGUACGACGGGCAAAUAUGGCGGAGAAAUUUUAUUACGAAAACGUUUCGAAAGGUUCUUAUUGAAGCAGACAAAUGUUCAUACAUCUGAACAUUCGAAUAUUCCUGUUGUUUGUGUUGUUGUUGAAGGCGGAGUCAAUACGAUCCGUAUGGUUCUGGAACAUGUGACAGACAAUCCACCGGUGCCAGUUGUCGUUUGUGAUGGAAGUGGUCGGGCUGCAGACCUGAUUUCAUUUACACAUCGAUAUGCUAGAGAUGACGGAACUAUGCCAGCAGACAUUCGAGAACAAUUGAUUCACACGAUAAUGAAAACAUUUACUUACACGAAAAAACAAGCGCACAGUCUUUUCAAAGAAUUAAUGGCGUGUGUGAAAAGACGAGAUUUGAUAACCAUAUUUCGUAUGGGUGAAGAGUCUUCACAAGAUAUUGAUUUAGCAAUACUCAUUGCUCUACUUCGAAGUACAUGUGCGUCAUCGAUUGAUCAGUUAAAACUUGCAUUGACAUGGAAUCGUGUUGAUAUCGCACGAAAUUACAUCCUGUCUAGUGCUCAUCAAUGGCCCGAAGAUGCGUUAGAAGAAAUUAUGAUGGCUGCUUUGACAACAGACAAAGUGGAUUUUUGCCGACUAUUACUUGAAAAUGGUAUUUCCAUGCAAAAAUUCUUGACAAUUCAUCGAUUAGAAGAACUUUACAACACGCGCGAUGGACCACCCAAUACGCUUCAUUAUAUCGCAAAAGAUAUUCGAAAAAUUCGGAAGUCUGCUAUGACUGGCACAUAUACAUUAGUUGAUGUAGGUCUGAUUUUCGAGAAACUCAUGGGUCACGGGUACCGUUCGAACUACACUCGGCGACGUUUUCGUACUCGUUAUGCGACAACGUUUAAUCAGCCAAAUGCUUUACGAUCAUUGCAUCGAAAAGCAGUCAGUUCCAUAACGAAGCCAGUCGACGAUACAUUUCAAUAUCCAUAUAAUGAAUUACUCAUAUGGGCAGUUUUAACCAAACGACAUCAGAUGGCCUUAUUCUUCUGGGAACGAGGUGAAGAAGCUAUGGCCAAAGCACUGAUUGCCUAUAAGUUAGACAAAGCUUUGGCACAUGAAGCACAUGACGAUGAGCUAGAAAUCGAAGUUUCAACUGAUCUAGCCAAUUACGCUGAUCAAUUUCAUGAAUUAGCACUUGGCGUUCUUGAACAAUGUUAUCGCGAAAAUGAUGAUAAAACAUGUCAAUUAUUAACAUAUGAGUUGAAAAAUUGGUCGGACUGGACAUGUUUAUCAUUAGCUGUCAUUUCUCAUCAUCAGGAAUUCGUUGCACACAAAUGCUGUCAAAUGAUUUUAAAUGAUCUAUGGAUGGGUGGCAUGUCAAUUCGACGUUAUCUCAAUUGGAAAGUGAUUGCGUCGAUUCUAUUUUUCCCAUUAGUACUUCGAAUUGAUUUCAAAAGUGCCGAAGAAUUAAAACUACAACCGAAAACUCACGAAGAACACUUAGCUGAACAAAAUGACCGCAUGGGUAAUGACGAUGAUGACGAUGAUUAUAAUAGCGAUGAUUAUAACUCGGGAACAAAUUCAAAUGAAUUCUCGCAUAGAUACUCAGCUGAUGAUCAUCAUCAUGGGAGAAAAAGUUCGAUAAUGAAUCGCGAUACUUCGAUUGAAUUUAUUAUCGAAAAUGCGCACGUCGAGAAUCAAGCAGUGGAAAUGGUAACAUUGAAUAGAAAAGAAACUGCUCACAAGGAUCCAUCGAUUUCGAAUUUAAAACAAUCACUUUCAACUCCGCUACCAGUAGCCGAUGACCUCAAUGAUAUAAGUACUGAAGUAUCGAAAAAAACUGAUGAAUUAGCUAUUUUGAACGAAGCAAUGCCAAUCAAAAUAUCCUCAUCUUCAUCACUUUCACUGACACAACGAUUUUAUGAAUUUUACAAUGCACCUAUAACCAAAUUCUGGUAUAAUACUAUCUUUUACGUGUGUUUUCUAUUUCUUUUCACGUACAUGGUGCUUGUUCGAACGCCACCUAAACCUAGUGUUGCCGAAUAUAUUGUAACGAUUUAUCUGGCGUCGUCGGCAAUCGAUAAUGCGAGAGAGAUCUGUACAAGCUCUUCGCCACGAUUUCGUCGAAGAUUAACUUUAUAUUUUUCUAAUUUUGUUAACAUAUGCGAUUCAUUAGCGAUUCUUUCGUACGGUAUCGGAUUUAUCUUACGAUUUCAUCCCAAAACGCUCUACAUUGCACGCUUGCUCUAUUGUCUCGAUGUAUCCUACUGGUGGAUACAUUUACUAACCUACAUCUCCGUACAUAAAUCUGUAGGUCCGUAUAUACAUAUUGCUGCACAGAAUCUACUCGAUCUGUUAAAAUUUAUCAUUAUUAUAUUGGUCGUAAUGGUCUCAUUUGGUGUGUCUCGACAAGCAAUUAAAUAUCCGAAUGAACUAUGGUCGUGGCGAUCAGUCAAGGAAAUCUUUCUCGAACCUUAUUUUAUGAUUUAUGGUGAAGUUUAUGCUGGAUCCAUCGACCCUCCAUGUUUAGAGAGCGAACCGAAUGCGCCCCAGUGUAUGCCAUUUCAUUGGGUGACACCGAUAACAAUGACAGCGUAUCUUAUCUUCUGUAACAUUUUACUUCUUUCGAUACUUAUUGCAACGUUCAAUAAUACGUAUAUUCGAAUAUCGAAAUCAUCAGAUCAAGUUUGGAAGUAUCAUCGAUACUACAUUGUUCUUAAAUAUGAAGCCAAGCCAAUGUUGCCACCUCCGUUCAUACUCAUCUCACAUAUAUAUCUUCUGGUAAAAGUGAUUCGACGGUACUGUCACGGAAAAAAGUUCAAAGUGGAUCAUGGAUUAAAACUGUUCUUAAGCGAAAAAGAAGUGGCUGAAAUUCAUGAUUUCGAAGAAGAACAAAUCGAUGAAUAUUUUGCUAUGAAGGAAAGAGAAAAAAGGAAUACAACUGCCGAACAAAUUGCAGUUACAUCGGAACGGGUUGAUACAACCGUUUUACGCGUCGAUGAUAUCUAUCAACGUGAAACUCAGAAUCGAACUGUUCUUCAAAAUCUUGACUGGCGUUUACAACGACUCGAAGAUAUCAAUAUGAAUAUGUGUGACAUGAUGCAGAAACUACUGCUAAAUCAGUCACCUGAUCUGAGAGACAAUUCUGAUAGUUUCCGCUAUUCAUCAUCGAUAUUUGAGGAUGAGGUUCGUCAUCGACAACGCCGAGGUUCAUCAGCGAUAGGUCAUGAUUUGAAUUCAUCGAAGUCAAUUCCGAAGUCAGCAACAUUAACUCAUCAAUUAUCGAUUUCGAAGAAGCCGAAUGAACUCGAACGACGAUCAACAAUUCAUCGGCUAAGUUCGCUAACCGAUGACGAUGCCAAUAUAACUCGCGUACAAUCCAACGAAUAUACAUCCAUCACUGAUGCGAUCAACACAAAUCAUCACGAGUGGAGAUCAUCGAGCCCAGUUCUCAAUCGUUCAUUAACAAAAGAUACAUGUCCAACCGUGUUAUUGGAAUCAUCACGUGAAGAAGCAGCUGCGCUCGAUGCCGAAGAACAAACACAUAAUUUAAUUGGCGAAAUCAUGCGAAAACGUAGUUGUGUAUCGCUCCAUCCUGACGGAAACACUCCUGUUGAAUCCUACUACGACAGUGAUCGUGUGUCACUCCUCUCAGUUGAUAUGAAUGCUAGCACCAUGAAUCUCAAUGCAGACAAUUCUGAUGCCAAUAUUUAG